AUGAACGGCCGUAAUGACACUUUGUCUCCCGUCAGCAUCGACAGUAAUAGUAAUAGCGAGUGGUCUCCCAUCACCAAAUACCAGAGCCUGAACGGAGCAGACAGCCCAGCAUUCUCACCGGGCAUUCCGUCUGCCGGCCGACCCCCUGUCAUAACACCACCCCAAAGCGUGCACACAAGCGGUGCCUCCACCUCGGAUGGGUCUUUGCCCAACGGAAGGCCACCCAUGAGUACAGGAAAUCCGUCCCCGCCCAGCUCGAUCGCGCGCUCCAGCGAUGGCACUGGUCUAUAUGCCGCCAGCGUGGCCGAAAGUCUAUCGAGUCGCAAGCCGCUUAUGCGAGAGGAGCACAUGCAUGAACACUAUGUGGUUUUGAAAAGAUAUCUAGGCGCCUAUCUUCGGGAUGAGAAGGGCAAUCCAAGGACAAACAAAGCAAGAGAUAAACUGUUAAGGCUUUCACAGGCUCAAUUUCAAGAGCUUAGCACAGAUGUCUACGACGAGUCCCAGCGACGAGAAGAUGAACGAAGGCGAGGUGGUCGAGGUGCUCCCAAUAACCCUGUCCCCCCGUAUCUUCCCCCGAAAGGCAACUUCCAUCCGAAGAGAAAUCAGGCACGACAGAAGCUAGCUACCCUACCCCUGGAACGUUUUCAGCAGCUUGCUACCGAUGUCUUCUAUGAACUGGAGCGUAGGUUUCCACGCUUCGUCGGCGGAGACAUGGAUCGAUCCGCCAGUCCUGCUCUAAGUGUCGCAAGUAAUCGAUCGCGUGGGCCUGGUAGAGGGCCACCACCUCCUGGAAUGACCGGUCCACCUGGAGGUUAUCGUGGAAGAGGCGGUCCUCCAGGUGGCCCAGGACGCGGAGGCCCACCCUUUCGCAAUGGUCCGCCAGGUAGUCCUGCUUUAAGCGCUCCAGGAAAUGAUUAUGGUCGCCCGCUACCGAAGACUUUCCAGCAGAAUACCAUCGUACCUAACAAGAGUACUCUUGUCGAGGAUGACGAUGACCAGAGCGGUAUGGACGAUGAUGAUGAUGACCAAGAUGCCUUUGGUUUGGAAGGAGCAGCACGGCGGCAAAGUAAUCGCAAUACGAACAAAAGCCUUAGAGGAUACAAUGACAAACGAGUCACUCAGCUUCAGGACGAGGUCGCCCAGUUACAAGCUAAGAUCGCCGACAAGGAUGCCGAGUCUGAGAAGUUCCAGACCCUUGAGAAAGAAAAAGAAGAGGCAGCGUCCAGAUCCGCUGAAUUGGAGCGCAAAUUGGAGGAAAACGAGGCUGCAGCCGAGUCAAUGCGAGAGGAGCUUGAGAAACUUCGUCUCGAAAACACAACCAUCGAACGUGAACUCCGGGCUCAGCUUGACGAAGCAUUACAAGAUGCUGGCUCCGAGGACUGGCAGGAACGUUACUCUCAGCUUGAAAAGCAACUUGAAGAUCAAGAACGUCUAACAGAGGACGUUCGCCAAUCAGCGACAGACUCUCUCAGAGAGAUGCGAGACAUAUCGAUCCGCAGCGAACAAGCUAUCGCGAGAGAGGAAUCUUUAGGGCGCCGAGUCACUCAACUGGAAUCCGAACUGAAAGACUGGAAAUCACGAUACGCGCGUGCCAAAACUCAAUUACGUGCUUCACGAUCCUCAUCAAUAGGUCUUCCCAUCCUUUCUCCGAAUGCCGCAAAAUUCGCGCGCGAUCAGAACUUCAUCCAAGCGGACGGUAUGGUCAAAGACGUUUAUCUUGCCAAGUUUCAGAUGAGCAUUGAUGAACUCCUUCAAACCGCCCGUGCUGUAGAUGCCGAAGCUACAAUAGGCAGUAUGAAGAGUGUUGUUUUCGCUGUGCGAAACAUUACAACGGCUGUCGAUACUACGGAUCCCGAACGUGCUAAUAGGGCCGACACAAAACAGCUCAUAAAACUCAAGUCUCGUGUUUCUGCCACCGCAAACAAUAUUAUAACUGCAUCGAAGAAUCACGUAUCGGCGGCUGGCUUGGCACCCGUCUCCCUCCUAGAUGCGGCAGCUUCCCAUCUGUCAACAGCAGUUAUCGAACUCGUGCGUUUAGCCAAAAUCUGCCCGACCGCGCCUGAAGAGCUUGAGGAGGAGGACGCAUUCGCAGAAAAACCCUUACCACCGCCAAAGACGUUUUCAGGCCUGCCAAACAACUAUGCCCACAUACGGAACAGCCCGAGGGGCAGUGGAGAUUCGACUGGUCUUUCAGGCUACAGUGCAACAAGCUCACCACGACAAAUCAGCGGAACCUGGGCUUCUCGACGAUCUGAUGCCUUUGCAAGUGCAACUGUCAAUGGAAUCCCAAGUGUGCGGACGAACGGCCUCGCGGAGUUCAAGAACUACUUGGAUGAUCAAACAGCGGUGCUCGUUCACAGCAUCCAGCCGUUGGUUCACAGCAUUAGAUCCAAGCCCUCGAACAUGCCUCUGACUACAGAUGAAGAAGAAGCCAUCAUCGAUCACGUUAACAAUAUAAGCCGCAAUGUCAUAGAUACUGCAGCAAGGACGCACCGCACAAUGGAGACUUCCAACAACGCAGCUCUAUCCAAGCAUGCCCCUCCUGUAAUCAACGUACUCGAAGAUUGCAAAGAUCUUCUCUUGGAUGCCGAGGGCCAGAGAGAGAAAAUUCCUCCACUAGCCUUCAAGAUCGCGAGAGCGAUGAAAGAACUCGUACUCAGAGUCGAGCGCAUUGAGAGUGGUGAGGUCACGGCCGACCAAACACUGACAACUGACUUCUAA